AUGGCAAUGAAAACCAUGCUGAACAAUGUUGGAGCCAGUACGCAGCCCUGUUUGAAACCAUUUGUGACUGGGAAGGGUUCGGAGUAUUCGCCAUCAGCUAGCCCUGACGGGAGACUGUGUCAAAAGCUUUUGUCAAAUCAACAAAGGUUGUGUACAGAUCUUGGUUCUGCUCUUGACACUUUUCCUGGAGUUUUCGUGCUGCGAAAAUCAUAUCAACAGUUCCACGGCCCUUACGAUAACCAUUCUGUGACUCUGGUAGCUGCAGGUGUGGAUACACUGGGAGCUGUAGUUGCAGACCUGCACACAGGCGGACCAGGCAGACCAGAGAGGAGAACUGCUUUAGUUGCCAGAGAACUUGCAAGAUAUAACAUCGACAUUGCAGCACUGAGUGAGACUCGUUUCGCUAAUGAGAGGCAGCUGACUGAAUAUGGAGGUGGCUACACUUUCUUCUGGAGUGGCCGUUCUGCCGAUGAGCGCCGGGAGUCUGGGGUAGAUUUUGCCAUCAGGAACCAUCUUGUGCAAAAGCUUGCCAAUCUCCCUAAAGGUAAAAACGAUCGUCUCAUGUCAAUGCAGAUUCAUCUACAUGAUGGUAAACGGGCCACACUCAUCAGUGCCUAUGCACCUACAAUGACAAAUCCUGAAGAUGUGAAAGGCAGAUUCUACGAAGAUCUGAAUACUAUGCUUUCAUCCGUGCGCAGUACUGAUAAGCUGAUCCUACUUGGGGAUUUUAACGCAAGGGUAGGCCGUGAUUCUUCCUGGGAUGGAGUCAUUGGAAAGAGUGGGGUAGGCAAGUGCAACAGCAAUGGCCUGCGCCUGCUGGAGGUAUGCUCAUCGUAUGGUCUCCUUAUAACCAACACAAUAUUCCGGCUGCCCAACAGGAACAAAACAUCAUGGAUGCACCCCCGGUCGAAACACUGGCAUCUCAUCGACUACAUCAAUGUCAGGAAGAAGGACAGGCAGGAUGUCAGAAUUACCAAGGCCAUGUGUGGUGCAGAGUGCUGGACCGACCACAGACUCAUCAUCUCUAAAAUGAACAUCCGCAUCAAACCAAAGAGACGUCCACAGGGAUGCAUGACCAAAAAGAGGAUAAAUGUUGCCAAGCUGAAAAACCAUCAAACAAAUGCAGCUCUAUCCACAGACCUAGAAUCCCAAAUUGCCAACUUCAAUCCUGGAGGUAACGUCGAAGAAGACUGGGAAUCCUUUAGGGACACAGUUCACUCAACUGCAGUGCAAGUGUUGGGCUACCCUUCCCGACAUCAGCAUGAUUGGUUUGAUGAGAAUGAUGAGGAGAUUCAGGCCCUACUUGAUGAAAAGCACAGACUUCAUCGUGCUUACCAAGAUGAUCCAACUUCAGUCUACAAGAAUGCCUUUGCCAGUGCACGGAGAACAGUUCAGUCUCUCAACACCAUAUAUGGACCUCGAUCGUCAGGAAAUUCCCCUCUCUUGAGCUCAGAUGGGACUUCACUAAUUACCGAGAAGGAAAAGAUCAUGCAUAGGUGGGCUGAACAUUUUGAAGCUGUCCUCAACCGUCCUUCUUCCAUCAAUGAUGAGGCAAUAGACAGGUUGCCCCAGGUCAACAUCAACACGACCAUGGAUGUUCCACCUGUUGAAUCAGAAGUCAGGAGGCAAUAA